AUGAGCAGUCGCACCCCAAUCGAACCCCAACGCGUCGACGCACCGUUGACCCAAUCUGCAACCUUCCUGGUCGUGUCCGUGAAGGACGACUCGGAGGCCAUUCAGACGGUCCGCUCGACUCUCGCUAGCGUCGAUGACCUCUCCAAGAACGUUUCUAUUCGCGACCUCGCUGCCCAAUUCGCAUGUACCGUCGGAAUCGGCAGCAACGUCUGGGAUCGCCUUACCGGUCUUCCUCGCCCGGCCGAGCUGCACCCAUUCCGUGAGAUAAAGGGCGAAAAACACACCGCAGUGUCCACCCCCGGCGACCUGCUUUUCCACAUCCGCUCGGAUCGUCGUGACCUAUGCUUCGAGUUCGAGCGCCAAUUGAUGGACCUCCUCGGCGACUCCGUUACGGUUGUCGAUCAGACGGUCGGAUUCCGUUAUUUCGACGUGCGCGACUUGCUUGGGUUUGUCGACGGCACAGCAAACCCAACCGGCCCAUCAGUUUCCGAUACACUCCUUGUCGCCGAAGAAGAUACCUCCGCUACUGGAGGAAGCUACAUCGUGGUGCAGAAGUACGUGCACGACCUGCAAGCAUGGAAGUCUCUCUCCUCCGAGAAGCAGGAAGCAAUCAUCGGCCGCACCAAGUGGGAGAACAUCGAGUUGGAUGAUGCGGAUGAAGGUAAACAACAGUCACACAAAUCGCUCGCGACCAUCGAGGAGAAUGGAGAGGAACAUGAAAUUCUGCGCGACAAUAUGCCUUUCGGAAACCCUAGCUCGGGCGAGUUUGGAACAUAUUUUAUCGGAUACACGCGCCGCUUGUGGGUCAUUGAGAGGAUGCUAGAGCGCAUGUUCAUCGGCAACCCUCCUGGAUUACACGAUCGCUUGCUCGAUUUCUCGACGCCCCUGACCGGAGUGACCUUUUAUGCACCGCCAGCCAGCGUCCUGGCUGACUUGGAGUGA